AUGACAACGUCAUAUAGUGUGAAGUUAUAUGUUUAUGAUUUAUCGGGAGGUAUGGCGAGUGCGUUGUCUCCUGGAUUAAUUGGUCGGCAAAUAGAGGGCAUAUGGCAUACAUCUGUAGUUAUUUAUGGCAUGGAAUGGUAUUACGGACAAGGUAUAUUAUUUGAUUUACCGGGAGAAACACCAUACGGCUCACCAAAAAAUAUACUUGAUAUGGGUUACUCCGAGAUCCCCCAAGAAAUAUUCACAGAAUUUAUCGACGAGUUACGUGAGAAGUACACUAUGGACAAGUAUCAUUUAUUGGAUAACAACUGUAAUAACUUCACUAAUCAAGUGUGUCAGUUCUUGACUGGACAAUCCAUACCGGAGUAUAUUACAGAUUUACCUGCAGAUUUUUUGAACACUCCAUUAGGACAACAACUUCGCCCAAUAAUAGAAAACAUGUUUGGACAAAAUAGACAACCAUAA